GUUAAAGUCUAUGAUUGAUACAAUGAAUUUUAAUCUCUAUUACGGGAACUUAAAGUUAAGUGUGAGCACAAGAACAGUCUCAAAUCAACUGCUUUAAAGUGAGAAUUCAUUCAAGUGGUUACAGCUCUGUAUUUUAACAAGUUGGGACAAUUUGGAAUGAUAAUCAUCGUGAGUAUCAAAACUUAAAUCUUCAUCAUGUCCAAGCAAAGGACCGUACGCCUGGAAUGUGGGAAACCCAACCAGGUCAUUUAUGUGGUGGGAACUGUGCUCAAUAUUGACAUUUACAAGCCGGCACCUCUAGGAUCCCGGUUCUUUGAAGUGCACUCCAGUUCUGGUGUCAAGUGUUCCAUUUUAGAUGUACAUAAUGUGACUGUUGCAGCUGAUCAGGCGACAAGGUGGACCCUCAACAAUGGAACCUUGCUUGUGAUCACAAUGGAAAAAAUAAGCAAACAUGUCAACGAUAACAAGGUUACUGUUAUCUUUUAUGGAGACAAGUUGGAUAAACCAGUUGACAAGAUAGUUUUCGAGCUCACAGCUAUCUUCAUAUCUCUGGAUGUGGAUGCAGAUCGUGAUGGCAAAGUUGAGAAGAAUAAUCCCAAUAAGGGUUCUUGGAAGUGGGGUCCUAACGGACAUGGAGCAAUUCUUCUUGUGAACUGUGACAAGGAGAUUGGAUCUGCUGGAUCCGACAGAUAUGAUGAUAUAGUGCCAGUAUUUGAAGACCUUGGAGAUAUGUCUCAUAUGAUCCUAAGAACUGAAGGACCUGACUCUCUGCCGCCUGGCUAUAAACUUCAGCUGUACAUUUCAGCUUCUGAUAAAGAUAAAGUACAUGUCUUUCGUCAUGAUAUAUCAAAAAUGACGAAUGUACUGGGUAGAAAGAAACUGUCCAUUGUUAUGGAUUAUACUAAAGGAAACAAUGAAUAUCAUUUCUUUGUCGAGGGGCUCAUGUUUCCAGAUGAGAAGAUUAGAAGCUUGGUCACCUUCAACCUCAGCCUGCUUGAACCAAUGAUUGAAGGACAUGCUCCCAUUUUCACUGAACACGUCAUAUUCCGUUUAGCUCCAUGGAUAAUGUUGCCUAUUACUCUGGCUCCUCAGGAAGUGUUUGUGUGCAGUGUAAGCAAUAAUGCAAAAUUCCUUAAGGAAUUCAGUGCUCUGGUGGAGAAGGCAGAGUGCAAGCUGACAGUUUGUCCUGAAGAAAUGAAUCGCCAUGAUCGCUGGAUACAGGAUGAAAUUGAAUUUGGUUACACACAAGCUCCUCACAAAUCCUUCCCUGUUGUGUUGGAUUCUCCUCGGAAUGCUGGUCUAAUGAUGUUUCCGUACAAAAAACUCCUGGGCCCGGAUUUUGGACAGGUAAGCAGACAAUCUAAUUUUAUCAACAGCCUGGACUCCUUUGGGAAUCUCGAGGUCAGCCCUCCAGUAACAGUGAAUGGAAAAGAAUAUCCAAUGGGAAGGAUUAUCAUCGGAAGUGCUUUUCCUACUACUUCUGAUGGGCGAAACAUGGCAAAGGUUGUUCGAGACUUUCUGUAUGCUCAGAAGGUACAGUCUCCGAUUGAACUCUUCUCCGACUGGUUGUUCAUAGGUCAUGUGGAUGAGUUCAUGACCUUUGUUCCAGCCCCUGACAGAAAGGGCUUCCGCCUUCUCCUGGUAAGUCCUGAUGACUGCUGUAAGUUGUUCAAGAAGCUCCAGAAGGAAGGGCAUGGUGAAACUCAAAUGUUUGAAAAUCUCGAUACAAAACCAAUCAAAAUUAAUGAAAUCCUAGGUAAUCAAAACCUAUUGGACUAUAAUGCUUUUGUGCAGCAAUGUAUUGAUUGGAAUCGAGAUGUCUUAAAGAAGGAAUUGGGACUGGAUGAGCAAGAUAUUAUUGAUAUUCCUGGGUUGUUUCUGCUACACAAGAAAUUCAACCAAGCAACAGCUUUUUUUCCAGAUAUGGUGAACAUGAUCAUCCUCGGGAAAUACCUGGGCAUUCCAAAACCAUUUGGGCCUCUGAUCAAUGGAAAAUGUCCACUGGAAUCUGCGGUGCGCUCAGCACUGGAACCCCUUGGCCUGGAUUGUAACUUUAUUGAUGACUUUGCUCCCUAUCACCUGAAUAAAGGUGAUGUUCACUGUGGUUCAAAUGUAUGCCGGAAACCAUUUUCUUUUAAGUGGUGGAAUAUGGAGAUGUAAUUGGCAUUUACAAUUAUUAAAAAUAACAAUGCAUUUUUUCUACCUUUUGAAUUUGUUUUGUGCUGACAAAAUGCUACCUGGAUAUUGGCAUUCAAAUUAUGCUAUUGAAGGACUUCAGGUGCUGUAAUUGAAUGUCAAAAUCUAUGCUCAGUUGGUUUCUCUUAAGAAUUAGUUGAAUUUUUAGGGUAAGUAGAGCCUUCUGUUUUUAGUUAUGGGUUUUUGCAACUUGUGUUGUUUGCAAAUGAGAUUAAUUUUAAUUCAGGCGAAGUAAUAACAGAAACUUGC